AUGACAUUAUCAAAUGUAUUCUUCUACGUAAUUUCCGUUGUGUCUAUUGCUAUUUCGACUGAAAUAGCUAUAAAUAAUCGACCAUCCGUUGGUAUUAUCCGUUGGGAUGCUUGGAAUUUAUUCAACAAUCAAUAUGAUCCUAUUUCGUUUUAUUUGCAUCGAGCAUUGAGCCCUGAAAAAUUUCAUUAUCGUAUUCCGUUUUAUGCAUCAGUUCUUUCGCCUACAAAUAUUUCUUUCAAUGGAGAUUUACAAAAUGUCAUGGAUCAAGAAAUUCUUUAUGCUAAACAUGCUGGUAUAGAUUAUUGGGCAUUCGAUACAUACUGUCAAUUUGGAAGCAAUUGUACUACUAAUAAUACAUAUUGCAGUCAAUAUUAUACACAAACUUCAAAUCUGUAUUGUCCUCGAAAUCCUGCUUAUGGAUUAAAUUUAUAUCUUUCAAGUGAAUAUAAAUCUUUACUCAAUUUUACUUUUAUUUUAUUGGGUUCGUCGCCGUGUGAUGCCAGUUUUCAACAAAGUUAUAUUGAUCUUAUGAAACUUCCUCAAUUUCAAACUGUACGAGGAGGUCGUCCACUUUUAUAUUUAUUUCAAUUCGACAAUGCUGAAGCGGACAAGUGUGGAGGUGGAUGGCUCGGUAGCGGACAAGUAUUUCAAAAAUUUAGACAAAUGGCUAUUAGUCAAGGCCUUCAAAAUCCUUACUUAGUUUUGAUGGAUUUUGAUGUUAGAACAGUUCAAUCGCAUGCUUCUAUGCUUGGAUUUGAUGCAAUUUCAACAUAUGCAUUACCUGGUGGAACAAUCGAUGGAACUCCAUUUGUUGAAUUAUUUAAUUCAGCUCAACGGUGGUGGCAGUCUGCAUCUGACAUUGGUGCUAAAAUAGUACCCAUCGCUCCUACUGGUUGGGAUCCGCGACCACGUGCUGAGAAUCCAGUACCAUGGGUUAAUGAAGGACCAGAACAUUAUAUUCAGCCAACAGUUGAAGAAUUACAACAGUUAAUUCGAAGUGGAAUUAAUUUUACAUGUACUCACAAUCAAACAGCUGAAGCACAAACAAUAAUCAUUUAUGCAUGGAAUGAAAGUAGCGAAACUAGCGGCUCACUCGUUCCGUCGAUGGGAAAUGGUACUUUGUAUAUCGAUGCUUUAUCAAAAAUUCUUCCCAUGUUUUGUUAA